GUGCUCCCACCGUCUUGUCACUAAACACUCAACACUAUAAUUUUCUUGUUUCCUUGUUAUCAGGCUUUGGGCGUUGAUAGAACAUUCGAAAGUUCUGGGCAUGGAGAACCUGUACUUCACCGACUGCGUCCUCCGCCACAUGCACGAGUACCGGUUCCUCGCUCGUCUCAACCUCGACGAAAUGCCGAUGUUGCCAAACCACGACUCCUUCCCGCUCUGGCUCAACGACCAAUUGCUACAAAAUUCGAAUCGAAAUGGGUCGGGCGAGAACCUCCCGCCGUCGUAUGACCUGCGUUGGUAUUAUCACCACGGCGACCUAGGGACUCCGAUCUCCAGCGCUUCUCUCCCUGAAUAUCUGAAGUUUCUGCGUCAGUCUAAGAGGACAGUGAUGGACAUUUACCCAACAAACUACAACCCGACGUAUGACAUGGAUUUCGUAACCGGCGUCUUCUCGAAUGACGUUGCUGUUUGUGCAAGCGGAAAGUGCCGGAGAGAGUCCUUACAGUGCCCGAGGGACGUGGCCUACCUCGGCCUCUUCACCAAGACCUGCGGAGAAGCCUGCAGGAAGCCCGGUUCGACGGUGGAGGUCUCGGCUCUCCUGAAGUACAAGGACAAAGUCUCCAAAGCCGUUGCCAAAGUCCUGAAGGACCUGCGUCUCGUCGUCUAACUUGGACACAAAUUUGAGACUAUACACACACAUACAAACUCACUCACUCACUCACUC